AUCAAAAGAUGCAUAUAACAGGCAUCACAAAGAAUCGCCCGUCAUCCUCCCUUCUUUCUUUUGACUGUCAAUCACUUUUAAUCAAGGAGACAAAGUCAACGAAUAUAUCACUGGUGUAUAUAUCACCUCCCACUGUGUCUCUUAUUGUCUCUUAUUCAGUAUAUCUCUCUCUCUCCAUUUCUUUAUUCUUUUAUAGUCAUUAUUUCUUUACACAUAACAAAAUAAAAAUACUGCUUCAUCACCAUUCACCAUUUCAAAACCUUUGCUAAUCUGAUUCAGAAUCUUCUUUGCUUCAUUCAACCGAAAUGACAAAGAGAACCAAACAGAACAACGAACAGGCCCCUCAACUUCAGCAAGGCUUUACUCCUGAAAGACAACAGGAACAAGCAUUAUUUCUUGAGCCAUUCUAUGAACGUUUAAUGGGAAUAACCUUUAGUGAAAGCGCUGCAGCUAUUGAACACUGUAGAGAUUUAUGCGCAGAAUACGGAUUUACUGUCAAACAGGAAGCGAGCACACAUAGAAACAUUUACGUCUACUGUUCUCGUGAAGGACUUCCUGAUUCACUACGUAACCCCAAAUCAAACCCACAACGAAAAAGACCUUCAAAACGAUGUGAUUGUCGAUGGCGAGUUGUCCUCUUUGAAAAUGAAGGGCGUUGGGAAUUUAGAAAAUCACUUAACCCAGAGGCGGGCAAACACAACCAUGAACUGAUGCAUCCGGACGAAAUUGAACGUAGCUGGCCAAAGGAAGUAACCGACUUGAUUUGCGAGCUGGCUCGUCUACGUAUGACCACUCAAGACAUUCGGACACGCGUACAGGCUCAGUUCCCUCAUAUCCACUGGAACGAACGUCGGUUCUACAACCGUCUGUCAGAGGAGCGGCAAAAGAUUAAGCAACGUGACACGACAGAACGAACACACGACCUGUGUCAGUUUUGGAGCAAGAUAUGUGCCUUAACAACAGGCAACGAGGAACUUACUCAGUUUGUCAAAGGUGAGCUGUCAACGUUGUAUCAGAUCUUGAGCGAAGCAGCACAAGUCGACGACAGUUCAUUGCCACCACCCACCGUCUUUACGGAUGAAACGACGCCAGAAGAAGAAAAUAAUUCACGUCGGAUGUCAAAGCAAGCAGCAACAAGCAUGCCUAAAGGGUACUUAGCAGUCGACGUGCCAAGGCAAACGUACUACAUCAAGAUACAUAACCAACGGCUGAUUCAAGAGGCACAGGUGCUACGAACCCAACGCCGGCGAACACUCUCGAUGGAUGCGCAGACGUACAUGAUGGAACCAGAGCGAAAGAUGAUCAAGAAAGGCAAGGGACGUGAAAGCUCCUUAAUGACAACCCCAACGACGGAUGAUCGACUCCCUCCUGACCCCAUCUACCCAUAUCACCCCUAUCCGAAUAGCAGAGCAAGCAGCACACCAAGCACGCCCACGGCAAAUACAGUACCUGUACUCACUACACCUACUGCACAAUCACAACGGCAACCUCAUCAAAGACAAGCACAGAUGUCAUCGUUUGUGUACUAUGAUAGCGGUAGCAUGUCUUUGGACUCGCCACUCUCUGGCUAUGUCCAUCCUCAAUUCCAAAACACAUACCACAUGAACACUGCUCCCAGCCCGUCUUCUUUCAACCCAGAUAUGCAGUUCCCCUUUGAUCCUUCCCAUCCGUCGAUCGUACGUGGCAACGAAACAAACAACCCAAACAACACGAUACAUCCUGUCCUGCAAACGAACGCGAUGGUGAACAAGACGCCUUUACCUCAAACCCUAAGUUUGCAGCACCCGCCUUAUCAACAACAACAACAGCAACAACAACAACAAACGCAUUCCCAAUCACAACAGCAUCCACAAAGACAACAAACGCCCUCUCAACCGUCGCCUUCGCAACCGUCGCCAUCACAUCAGACAACAAAUACUGAUAUCAGUAAUGAUACCACUCCACCCAUGUACUCCAUGAACCCUCUUUCAGGCGCUUCAGGAAAGCAGCCUUCGUCGUCUCAGAUUCGCAUGUAUGAUUCUGCGCAGGGAAGCAUGAUGGCCAGAACACUCGCUCCCGUAGAAGCACAGCAACAGUCGUAUCAUCAUACUCUUUAUAUGCGACAGGCAAGUCAUCAUCCUGGUGCAAAUGCCAUCAUGCCCAUGUAUAGCCAGCAACAACAACAACAACAACAAUCACAGCAAUCACAGCAACAGCCCCAGAGCAACUGAGGUUUACAAACAAUAUACACCAAAGCAAUAAAAAAAUCCACGCCCUCCCCCCUUAAAAUAGAAUAUGUAAUAUCUUAAUAUUUCAUUUUUUUUUAACAAAAAAAAAUUAGAAUCUUGUAGACAACACGUCCCUUUUCCCCUCCUUUUUUUUUUGUCUUUUAUAUGCUGUAUAUAACCAAAACGAU